AUGAUAGAACUGCUCCGAGGAGCCUCCAUGGGCCACGCGGGUCCAGGCGGGCCGAGCACCACCCUCCUCCAAAGCCUCCUCCAGCUGUGCUGGCCCCUGCGGACACACCCAUGGAAGCCAGCACCCCAGCCAGCCUGUGCGGGCACAUGUGCUCCAGGCCAGCUUCAGAGGCAGACACUGGUGAAAGGAACACACGCAGAGGUGGUGCUGACACAGCAGGCACCCCAGCCUGCGGUCCACGUGCAGGGGCAGGAGCCGCUGACCGCCUCCAUGCUGGCCGCAGCACCCCCCCAGGAACAGAAACAGAUGCUGGGUGAACGUUUGUUCCCGCUCAUCCAGACGAUGCACUCAAACCUGGCUGGGAAGAUUACGGGGAUGCUGCUGGAGAUUGACAACUCGGAGCUGCUGCACAUGCUGGAGUCCCCCGAGUCUCUCCGCUCCAAGGUGGAUGAAGCUGUGGCGGUCCUACAGGCUCAUCAUGCCAAGAAAGAAGCUGCCCAGAAGGUGGGCGCUGUUGCUGCUGCUACCUCUUAGACAAGGAC